AUGCUGCGCCAGGCUAUUCAAGGAGCCCGAUGGUGUCAGCAUGUGGCCCGCAGCCCAUCGACACGCGCUCCACGCCGGGUCUUCUCCGCCGUAGCUCCGCGGCGACUUGAUUUUGGCGGACCGAACGACAAAGUCACCUUCUACGAACAAGAGUCCCCCGGAAGCAAAACGCGACGCAAGGUUGAUCCCGAAGCCGAAGUUAUAGAGGAGAGGGAGGAGAUCAAACAAGAGCUCGCAAAGCUCCAGGAUGAAUUGAAGGUCUUAGAGGAGGGACCUUUUGCCCCCAACAGUCCCUUCAUCAAAAGUUUGCCUGAAGAAGACAGAAAAGUCGCCUUGGAAGCAUUAAGAAAAUUCGAUGAAGAAAAUCCCAAGCCUGCGGACGAGCCUGGGUUGGAUCAGGUGUUCGACCAGGAGCUUGAUGAUAUGCUACGGGAGGAGUUCGAGGGUCUUGCGAAGGAACACGAGAACUGGGAGGACGACGUUAAGAAACGGCGAAGUCUGGCCGCAAAACGGUCAGCUGCAGCAAAGCGUGCAGGCGCGGAAUCUCACCCUUAUGUGUUAAAAUUCAACAUUUCCUUACAGCAACUCCAAGAAAAGACGUCGGAUGAGCGGGCUCGACAAGAUGUGUGGAAGUGGUAUCGCAGAUGCAAGCAGGCUAUUCCGGGAUUUUUAACGAUAAUGCCCGAGAAGGCACUCGAGACAAUCUGGGAUUCGCAAGCAGGAGAGCACGAUCAUGGAACACGCUCAACACAUUUGCAAAUUCUGGCCCAGGACGCUACCUCCCUUGGUCGACCACUCGCCACUCCCCAAAUUUUGUCUUAUAUUACAUCUCUACAUGACAGCGGUUCCACCAACCUUGCUUUGGAACAGUGGGAGGCAUACCAAGCUGAGCUGUCUCAGAAGAAGGAGGAUCUGGAGGAAUACUGGAAACUUGGAGUGCGAUUAUUUGCGGCAGACAACAACCCACAGCGAGCUCAAGACAUCGCUUUGGCUUUCCUGGCAAACGAUCGGACUCGCCAGCCGCGUGUCCUCAUCCCUGUGAUCACAGCAUGGGGAAGGCUGCCCGGAAAAGAAGCCGAGUUGAAGGCUUGGGCACUUUAUUUACAGCUUAAGACAUUCUUGGGCCCAGAAAUGACCAUGGACGACUAUGACAAGAUUAGCAUUUCUCUCCUAACGGCGGGUCGGUUAGAUACCGCUGUUGCAAUCUUCAAGGAUAUGAUGGUCACAGGAAAAGACCCGGCAAAUGACUCGACUGCUUUGUACAAAGCCGCUUUGGGACUGGCGGGUAAUCUUCAUGCAUCAAGUAUCAACGAGAAUGAAGUGAACAAAGUCUCUUUGUCCGCUCUCAAGGUGCUGCCUCGCCAGUUCCAAAACCGAUUCUUCUAUGCAAGCUGGAUGAAGAAGCUUAUCGGCAUGGGCGAGGUCGAUUCUGCUGCUCUGGUCAUUGAACUCAUGUACGAACGGUGUGUCAAGCCUGAUAGCAAGCACUUGAAUGGGAUCAUCGCGGGCUGGCUCCGGGACGGGAGCAACAGUGCACGAAAUAAGGCAGAACGACUUGGGUGGGCCAUGAUCCAAAAGCGCAUUGAUACCGUGUGGGAGCGAUUUCAACCAGCCGAGAGUUCCCCGCAACUUCAGUUCAAGCAUGAGACAGAGUCUGUCCGUAUGCCUCAAUUCAUGAAGAGAGAGGUCCCGCCUGCGAGUAUCGAGACAUUCUGUAUUCUUCUUCUUCAUUACACACGCCGAGGUGACGAUGACAUGGUCAAAUACCUGACCAAAUGUCUUGGGGAUGCUCAUAUCAGGCCGAACUCGUACUUUAUGAACCAUCUUCUAUACGCAGAACUUCGAAAACAAGACGUGAGAGCCCUCUGGACCAAGUUCCAAACUAUGUCAACCUCCAUCCGGCCCGACGUGGAAACCUAUGCCUGCCUCUGGGAUUGCGCUAAGCUCCAGUACGACCGCGGGCGUACUGCCUUCGAUGCGGGCUUCCCAUCAGCACGUCAACUCUAUGCCAACAUGAUGUCGUGGUAUUCCCAACUAUCUCCUCACGCCCAGAAGACCGCCCGGGCGCAGAUGACGAAAUCUCUAUUCGAUCAAAUCGUGCGAUGUUUCUGUUUGUCCAAAGACGUCUCUGGGACAUUGGUCGUCAUGCACUCAAUGCAUUCCAAUUUCGGCUUCGUACCUGACGAGAUCACCGCUCGUAUGAUCGUACUCCAGAUUGCUCGACUCGCUGGAGUACCGGCCGAUACCCCGAAACGGCGCCUCCGUCGCUUAUCUUCGACCCCGCGAAGCAAAGAGAACAUUGGCCAAGUCAGCCGUUUGCUAGAAAUGUUGGGUGACCGCAAGGCUGAAGCUCUGCGAGUGCAAGGCUUAAGUAUUGAACAGCUGGAUCCACGUGAGAUGAGUCAAUAUCAGCUCGAGAUCCUGGCUAGUCUACUGCGCAUCGUGAUGAGUCGAGUAGACGCCUUGAAUCCCGCUCAAGUCGAAGACAAGCUCGACAUCGCGGCGCAAGAAAUGUCGGUCGGUCAGAUUGACUUGGGGUCGCCCUUGGGGGUGGAUGAUAGCAAGCUUUUGUAA